UGCCUCCCGAAGCAUCUGGAGAAUUGGAAGACUGGAAGGCCGACCUGCCGCUGCCGGAAAACCCCGCCCCCCGCGCCGCCGCUUCGAUCUCCGGCUCCCCUCCGCCACUUCCCUUGCCUCCCCCACCUCGGGUCGGCCAGUUCCUCCUCGCAGUUGACGAGCUACCUCCGGAUCGAGGAGAGGUGUUCUCAUUUGUUUGGACUUGGAAACUCUGGGAAAAUGUUCAAGAAUACAUUUCAGUCUGGGUUUCUAUCAAUUCUUUACAGCCUUGGGACCAAGCCUUUGCAGAUAUGGGAUAAGGAAGUUGUAGAUGGGCACAUCAAAAGGCCUCAGGAUGAGGAUAUCCAGUCUAAUGUACUUGAAAUUAUUGGAACAAAUGUGCAAUCGACUUACAUUACCUGCCCGGCUGAUCCUGCUGCUACUCUUGGAAUUAAACUUCCAUUUCUUGCUUUAAUCGUGAAGAAUCUUAAGAAGUACUUCACAUUUGAGAUCCAAGUUUUGGACGAUAAGAAUGUCCGCCGCCGAUUUAGAGCAUCAAAUUUUCAAUCUGUCACUAGAGUGAAGCCAUAUAUAUGCACAAUGCCAUUGAAGCUAGAAGACGGCUGGAACAACAUUCAGUUGAAUCUCUCUGAUCUGACAAAAAGAGCCUAUGGCACAAAUUAUGUUGAGACACUCCGAGUGCAAGUUCACGCGAAUUGCAGACUUCGUAGAAUUUACUUUGCUGACCGCCUCUACUCAGAGGAGGAGCUGCCACCUGAGUUCAAGCUCUACCUUCCUAUUCAGAAGGCAUAGACCUUGGAGCAAUCAUGGAGACGGGUUCUUGAUCACGAAAGUAGCCAGCCCCAGGAGAUACCACUGCGCGCCCUCGUGAUGACUCGUUUAACGCGAAGCUAUUCACGCGCAAGCCUGCACGAAACCUCAGGGAUCUUCCUGGUUGUUUGAUAAUUGUAGGAGAGUAGUUAGUCGUAGCCUGAAUGAGUUGCCGGGGUACCCACUGACCCUCAUCUAAUGCACUGUUACUCGGUGUUGCAUCCUCCCCUACAACUGUACCGGAUGGUCCAACUCCCAUGUUUGCAAACCCAGUAGCACCUACCGUUGUGUUUGGCCAUUCAAUUUGCAGCGCUUUUGCCAUAGUAUGUGACCACUUGUGCGGGCUCGUUUUGGAUGGGCAUAUGUCAUUGUCAGGCCGGCGCGGGCGCCAUAAAAUCUUA